AGAGAUCUCCAGAGUACUCCUGACCUUCACACCUCAUGUUCCGUGCGAGUUCAACAGGAAGCAACGAUCCAUGGAAGAUGUUGAGCGUUGGAAAGCUACAGAAUUCAGGCAGUUCCUCUUGUACACUGGACCAGUCAGCUUAAAAGGCCUUGUACCAACUCAAGUGUACAACAACUUCAUGCUGCUUUCAGUUGGCAUCACCAUCCUACUGAAUGUGUCCCUGUGUGCUGACCUUGCAGACUAUGCACACAGAAUAUUGGUUCUCUUUGUUGAUCACUGCAGCAAGCUUUAUGGAAAAGAACAUGUGACAUACAACAUGCAUGGAUUGGUGCACCUGAGCCAAGAUGCCAAAAAGUAUGGCGUCCUUGAUAACAUAUCAUGCUUCCCAUUUGAAAACUUCCUUGGGUGUCUGAAGAAACUGUUGCGCAAGCCUGCACAACCACUGGAGCAGGUUGUUCGCCGAUUGUCAGAGAGAAGUCAGCACAGAAGAACAAACAUCUCCAAAACAAGGUCCUUGAGAGAGCACAACCAUGGACCACUUCUCAACGGUCUUUCUGUGAAAAAGCAGUAUGAGGAGUGUUACUUUCAAGACUUUGUUGUGAAACGUUCAGAGGGAGACAACUGUGUCCUGUUGGAAAAUAAAGACAUAGUUGUUAUACAGAAUGUCGUCGUUGAUGAAAUGGACAACACUUUGCUCAUCUACAAGAGGUUCCGGAACAUGGUCGAUUUCUUCACUUACCCUGUGGAAUCUUCCAAGCUAGGCAUUUUUCAUUUAUCUGGCCUGUCAGAUACACUCCGCUUUACCCAUAUAGCAAAUGUGCAGAAGAAAUAUUAUCUUCUUCCUUGCCUGGAUGGAAAGGCUGGUUUUCCGUUGAUCCACUUGUAAAAAUGACUGCUUUUUUUGAAGGGAUGCUGUUUGCCAUUGUUCAGUUUAUUGAUGAGGAGGAUCAGCCAUUUGCAGUGGUUCCGCAAGUGUGGCUCAGCGAGGGCAUGUGCUAUUGGCCCCCAUUUAACCUCCGCAAAAAAGACAAAGGCAACAAUUUAGCCAUCCGCUGCACGCCUCCACACAGCACCUGGGAGAAACAUCAUUUUAAGUUUAUGAAGGGAGCAGAAUGUUGGCAAGAGGCGAUGAGAUAUUUGGUGCGCUUCCAAACAGGUUCUAGCGUUGAAACGACGGACGAUGACAAGAAGAGAAAGAGAAUCUCAAAUUCCAAGUACAGACCCCAGGCCUCUUCUGAUGAAGAGGAGUCUAGUCUUCCAGAUGCACCAGCAGUGCUGUCGUUUGGACAACCUCUUUUGAGCUUUGAAAACAUUGUUCCUGGUAACAAGGUUUCAGUGCUGCCCGAUGCUCCAGAAGUUGCAUCGAUUCCAGAAAACCAGGAAAAUGUUGUGCCAUCUGUAGACUUCAGAGGUGAACCAGGUUUCUCCCCAGAAAUUCAGACUCCACUUCACAGAGCCAAGAGUUUGAGUACAAGACACUUGACUGGUUACUCGCCGCAGCAGUUUCUGGAUGAAAGGUGUCGAGCUCGUCAAGUACUAAGCUUUACACCCCCAGCAGCAAAUUUACCCUGGCAGCAUAUGGGUGAAAACGCUGGAGGAGAAAGUCAUCGCUCUGUAAUUGGCCCUUGGACUCCCCUGGCAUCUCGUGUACAGCAUGAAGUUUUCAGCUAUGAAGAUUUCCAGAGACUCCAGAAUGAAAAACAAGCCGUGAUGGAGGAGAACCAAGCCCUUAGGGAGGAGAACCAAGCUCUGAGGGAGGAGAACCAAGCUCUGAGGGAAAGCACUGCACGAACAGGUAAGAACAUGCACAAAAAAGUCAAACUUAGGAAAGAGUAUGUGAUGUAUGUACAAAAUUACCAUAUGCCUUUCAUUUUGUAGCUUCGGAUGACAGCGGCUCACUUCAAGAGCAGGUGAAGCAAGUUGGGACAAUGUUGAAGACGUUUGCUCGCACUGGGCAAUCAGGUGCAGAUCAGACCUUAAUGCUGCGACGUCUUGGAGAGUUUGGCGAUGUUGUGCGUAGCAUGGACAACAAAAUGGACACUAUGCUGCAACAUUUCAGUGCCAAUGUGUCUGUUGGAGAGUUAUCCCUGCCAGGGGAUCUGUUACUCCCCCUAGACACCCAGGAAGAUUUGGCGUUGCUUGACAACAGUUUGAGGCAGGAUAAAGAGCUCCAGGAACGAUUUCUUCGGUUUUUGGCAAUCAAAUGUGGGAGGGACCUAAAGACAACCGUCUGGCGGAUGCUUCAAAGUAUCUUCUCUAAUCACCUUUCCAUCAAUACAACCUGGACUGGAGUUGGGGAUAAAGCAUGUUUUAGAGACAUGUUCCUGAAGACCAUUGUUCAAAGAGCCAUCCGGAAGAACCCGGCAACACAGGAUGCCACUGAUGAAGCCAUCCAGGUUAACGUUACGCGUUACCUGAAAGGAGCAUCUGACCGUGAAGGCGGAAAAAGGCGCCGCACAGCUGAGAGGGACCCACAGCCGACCCUUAAACCUAGGCUGACUACUGACAUCCCAGCAUCACUGACAACUGGAACCCUUUCUUUAUCCUGCAGUCAGUAACAUCAAGACCCCUAAAGAAGCCAGAAGUGUCAGACUGCACUCCCCAAUCCACACUGUUCACUGUGGAUAUUAUCAUAGUGCUUAACUUAUUAUAUUGUUAAAUAUAGCUUGUAAAUCCUUGUGCCACAGGUCAGCAUUGCAGUUAUAUCUGUUCUACUACUUUUUUUACCUCAGUAUUUUUUAUAUAUAUUUGAAGAUGUUUAUCACAGAUACAAGAGACAUCUUGUACCCCAGGUCAGCAAUGCCAUUAUAAUGGUCUAUUCUACUCCAGAGCUUUAUUCUAAAUUAUUACCACUUAUCUUAUUGUUAGAAAUGGCUUGUAAAUGUGAUGUUAUACCUGAAUUUUUUUUGGUGUCCUGCACAUUCUUUGGUACCAGAUAUACUCAUUACUUAUGUUUACUGGUAAUUCUUUUCAUGCCAGAGCUGACCUCUUUAUAUUAUUAACAAUUAUUGUAAGUGUUAUAAUUUGCUUGUAAGCUAAGGCUGUUUUUUUUUUUUU